AUGGGUUUAUUGACGCCACAAAGCACGCCAGGCUCAAGUAAAAAAGGCAAGGAUUCCCCGCCGUCUGAAGCUGGAGUGACUCCGGAGUCUAGAUACGAGACCUUUCUCAAGGUCAAAGUCAACAGACAAACACGCUUGGGAGCUCGGUCAGGGAAGAGUAAGAGGAAGAAGGCAGAGGAGGCAGCGUGCCCCGUAUGCAGUCGGAAAAUCACAGGCAGUUCAGACGAGCUCCACGAACAUGUGGAGCAGUGCUUAAGAAAGCAGAGCGUGGUAAGUGACGAUGAGUUGCUGGAUGUAGAAGGAGAAGGAUUCGAGGAGUACGAGUGGGCCGGACAGACGCGUGUGCGAGCUACGUCCAUGGUCGAUGGCAAGCUAACAGAUCUAGGCUUCCACUCCAGUUUAAAAGCCAGUGAAGCUGAGACUGAUGCGGACCUUAACGUGGAUGGUGAUGAUGACGCCAUCUAUGGGCGGCCACAGUACGGAGAGGGUGAUGUGAUACCCUGCGCUGCCGAACCAGGGGAAGCUCAAGCGCAACAGGCCCUGAGGGGAGCCGUCGUAGGGGAAGAAGCUUCAUCACAGCAGCCGCAUCCAACAAGAAACCGCUGGGCAUCAGUGUACGAAGAGUCGACCUCAUCACCACCAGCAACAGACUCGCAGCAACCAAGUUGUAGUACUGCACCAUCAACGGUGAAAAUAAUAGAGUCACUCAAGGCGAAACUUCGGGAACAAGAAGAGCUGUUGAAACAGGGAGACAAAUACAAAUGCUUAAUUUGCAUGGAACAGUUUACAACGCCGGUGGUGUCCGUACAAUGUUGGCACACACACUGCGAGGAGUGCUGGCUCAGGACCAUGGGUGCGAAGAAGCUGUGCCCACAGUGUAACGUCAUCACAUCGCCGCAGGAUUUGAGAAGAAUCUACUUGUAAAUACGUCUCUGCAAAGUACAUCCUGCGUCCGUCACUCACAUCGAGUAUACGUUACAUUACGAUUACUGCACGAGGAUGCAAUAUAACUGCAAUAUUGCUGACAGCAGUCCUAGGGCACAUGCGAAUCUUGUUGAGCUACCCCGUGUUAUCUAUUUAUACCUUUCUAUGGCCGUAAAUCGUGGGGGAGCAAGAUCUUGCUGUUCACUGAGUGGCUGAUGAAUAUUAAUGAAACAUAUAAAAUGGUGUAUAGUGAUUUAAGGCAUAUACGUCGUGUAUAGGGAGACGGUUCGUCAUAAAGCUCGAGCCCGGUGAAAUGCUCCUAUUUCAGGAACUUCUCUUGUUGUCUGAAAGAAAUUCCUUCUAUUAGUUUCAUGCACUUCAAUGAACUUCACAUCCCUGUAGAUUUUUCACUCCGAAAAAUUUAUUGUAAAAUUGAUCUCCCAUCAGUUGCAUUUCAAGACAGAUUUGCAUGUAUCAUAAAGUAAUGCACAUGUGGAAGAUAAUUUACAUUGUUCUUUGCUUCCGGUAAAUACGUGUAUUGUUGUGUGGAAUAUAAGGUGCCUUAUGUGCUGCAAAAUAAUAUACAUAUUUUUAAUCACCGUAAAAAGAUUCACUUUACACAAUGACGUGCAUUGGUCUGCGAUACAUGUAAAUCGUUAUAUCAAUCAUGAAGCGAGAGUAUGUGCGAAUCGUGAGCUGUGUAGUGUAGUUGUGGCGAAAUAUACAUCUUAAUAUACUCCCUUUAAAUCCCCUGUACCAUACAGCCUCGUUUGUGAGCUUAGUAUUCUAGCUACGAAACAAUUCAUUAUUAUAUAAAUGCAGUAAACGCUGUUAUUUAAACGACUUAUUUUCUAUAGACCACUAGGAUGAUCACUCACAUUCAAAGUCCCUUUUGUUUACAUAUUUAAAUCUCAAACGGUAAUUCAUGAUAUACGAUCAUUUUCUUCAGUCAGCGAUCUAAUAGAGAGUGCGGUGGGUUUAUAUCUGUUGUUAGCAAUAUCUUGAUUUCUGUAAUCGAGUGCAUCUAAUAACACACGUAUCGGACUAUCCGAACAUAUUUCCAGAAUAAAAAAAUAAAAUAAAAGACAGCAGCAUGCCUGAGUUUGUAUGGCAGGUCAAAACGUUUCACUGGAUUAUUUCAUCUAAUUUUACUGUGUUGCAUUGGUAGCGUAAUACGAUUUCCGCCAUCUCUCCCUCUCUCUCCAUCCCUGUGCUGCCCACUUCUCUGUCACCAUUUUCGCUAUCCGUCUAUCUAUCUCCCUCUCAUUUAUACAAAAGGCUUAAAAGUACGGAAUUUACAAUAAAGAAAAAAAUAAAAUUAUAGUGUUUACUUGCUUCCACAAAUUGCUCUGUGUAAUGUGCAGUCUUGACAACCAAAUGAACAUUAAAACUAAGCUCCUAUUACCUGUAAAAAAACGCAUUCUUUUAUGUCACAUGCGGUGUACCGUGUACGUAAAUCUUUUCACGACAGAUAUGACAACUUUAUUGCAGUAACCUUCCUGGAUACGUUUUGCCCAUUGUUAACGCGAUUGCCUUCAUUCACUCGCUUCAUGCUGAAUCUUAUACCAAUUUUACAUACGGACUCAUAAGUGCUACAAAAAGUAUUGUGGGAGAUGGACGUGGUUCGUUCUGUAUAACGGUCAUGAGAUUUCUGUUAAUGGAAUGUUGUGUGACUUGUCGCGAGAAAUUCGUUCUUGUAAAGACGUGACUUUGUGAUAGAGAUGUUGGCUUUAAUCACUUUAAUUAUUGCUGAGAGGUUAUUUAAUUGGUAGUUAUAUUGAUAAAUGUUGUGCUUUUAGUGUUUCAAUCAUGCAUUCAUCCGACGUUUUCUGCGUUUUAUAAUGUGAACAUCACAAAUCAGUCUGGCUAUCAUUGAUUUUUCAGGUAUGAAGCACCUAAAUAAUUUAAAUAUAAUCAUUAGCCAAAAACCCUAAGCUGGCAAUUUAAAAAUAUCACUUUACGAAAUCAUUAGAUAACUCGUGUCAGAAAUUAUUACAACGACAAAGUUCAUAUAACUUCUCGAUGCCGUGUUAUUACUAGCAGUAGAGUCACCGCGGGCACUACUUGUGAUCAGACUCAAUGUGGUAACAGUAGUUCUACAUUAUUGUGUUAUUAACCUUUCAAGCGGAAGCCUCGGUAAGUGCGUACGAAACGUGGUGGCGUUUAAAUUACGUCGCUUCAACAGCGCGUUGUAAAAUCUUACCAAAAUUGUAUUGAGAACGUUAUAAAAAUGCCUUCGCUGAAAUUUUCGUGUAA